AUGACAGUCCUCGUCCUCGAAUCCGCUUGGCCAACUCUGGAGCUCCGCAAGGUCCUAUCAGUUCCGCGUCAAAACCUCCUUUCCCUUGCCGAGAGAAAUCCCCCGUAUCUGCCGCUCGCCUCGUGGGUUCUGACAUGCAAUACCCUCUCCGCUGUGCCCAUUCUCGAGCCGAGUGCCGUCGGACCAGUGCAUGAAUCUAGGUCUCGUGGUCUUCGCCGCAUGGAGAGCCUCUUCGACCGGGAGGAUAGUGAUUUCGCCUGGAAAGCGCGUCCAAUGUCGUCACACUUUCUUCGAAUCCACCAGAAGGAUCCGUCGGCAGGAUCUGGCCAAGUUGUCGAGCUAGAUUAUAUUCCUGUAUAUAUGCUAUAUUAA